AUAUUAUAUAUAGAGAAAAUCAACGAAACAAACAUCCAAAACUCCAAAAGCUUUUGAAUUGAACAAGAUGAGCCAGAACAUGUUUAGCAGUGAAGUAGAAAUAAGCAAAUUUCUAGGCAGCUUAGAUAUCAUUACACAUGCUUAUCAAGCGAUUUCAAAAACUUCUUUGACUUAUGAGCUUCAUACAAGUCCUUCUGGAAUCCAAAUUUUGGUUUUCAACUGUCCGGCUGAUUCUUACACAACUCGGUUUCUUAAAAAUGAGUUCGAGUUAGUAACAUCAAAAGAUUUCCGAGUCGUUGACUUCAUUUCGACUAAAGUCAACCCUUUGUUCUCCCUCAAUAGAGCUGCUGUUGAGUUGUUUGAGCUUCUCUCUGAUGAUCUCAGAGAGAUUGAAAAGAAGCAUAUAUAUAAUCCAUUGAUCAUUACUGGAUCGGGUCUUGGGGGAUACCUUGCCAUUCUUUCUUCCCUACGGUUGCAAAAAGCUGUGGAUGUUGAAGAAGCAGAUGGUGCUAAGAAAACCAAAAGGCCCAUUUGCAUCACAUUCGGUUCUCCCCUUAUUGGUGAUGUCUCUCUACAACAAGCUUUCUUGGAACGCCCAUUGUGGAAAUCUGGUUUCGUUAAUGUGGUCGCAAAGAUGGACCCUGUUGCUAGUUUUUUCUCAUCAAAUAGUUCUUACAAGCCUUUUGGUACUUUCCUGUUAUGCACCGAAGCAGGAGGGCACUCGGCUUUUGAAGAUCAAGAAGCAAUCCUAGCAGUUCUAGACGCCAUAGCGUCAUCUAAUAUUGGAAAGAUGGAAAGUUAUGAUUAUCAGAAUGUAGUAAGUUCUAUCAGAAGGAAUGUGUUGUAUCGUGGGGUGUCAGAAAUGGACGAAUUCAAGAUGAAUUCGUUAAAGGCUGGAAUUGCAUUGCAAUUCAAGGAAGUUGGCUUGUUGAAUGAUAUUCCAAAUGAUCUAAUUGAGAAAAUAGAGAAAAAACAAACAAAUAUGAUCAAAAGGAAGAAGUAUGCUUAUGAGCCUACAAAGAAGCUAAAUGAUAUGAAGAUAAGUCUUACAUACAUGGAAUGGUACAUGAAAAAGAGGAAAGAAAAAAGGGGUUACUAUGAUUCCCACAAGCAAAAUCCACAAAGUAGAGAAGAAAUUGAGAGCCAUCAAGUAAUUGUGACACAUCAAAGCUUUCUAAACCAAUAUUGGAAGAAAAUAGUUGAUGAAAAGGAUGUCUUGCCUCAAAAAGAAGGUGCAAAGUUGCGUAAACGUUGGCUCUAUGGAGGAACCAACUAUAGAAGGAUCGUUGAGCCAUUAGACAUAGCAGAUCAUUACAAAAAGGGUAACACAAACUAUCUAGCUACACGUCCUGAACAUUAUAAGUUGUUAGAGAAGUGGUCGAAUGAAGAAAAGAAAGAUUCGAAUCCAAGAGAAGUAAAAAGGACUAAGGCUUCUAGUCUUACCGAGGACUCUUGCUUUUGGGCACAUGUUGAGGAGGCACGGAUUUCAUUAGACGAAUUGAAUGAUGGAGGGUCGAGUAUCAAUAGAGACGUUAUAGAGAAACGAUUGGAGGGGUUCGAGGCAUAUGUGAUGUGUGCCAUUAGAGAUUGCACGGUGGUGCCGGAUAUAUUUUUGGAAGAAAGCAGUUUGAUGAAAUGGUGGGAAAAGUACAAGGUAUACAAAGGAACUUCAUAUGCUUCUGAAUUAGCGGCAUACAUGAACGCUAAGAGCUACAAAUCCUAUCAGUAAACUCGUCAUGAUGAUUUUUGUUUUAACUAUAAUUAAAUUGUGUUUUCGAUUUUCUAAUUUGGACCAUUUCUUGAUUUAUGCGUAUCCUUGCACAGGGCCAUAUGCUAAUAUUCUUUAUAUAGUUCCAUUUUAUCGGAUGUUUGUAAUUUAUAUGACAAAGACUCGUGUAUGUGUUCAUUUACAAAUCAACCCGUUAACACGCA